CGCUCUCAGGAGCGUCUGAGGCCCUGCGCGGCGCCAUCCGGCCUGACUCUGGCUUGGGGCAGAGAGGCGCCGCGGUGCCCAGGCCCCACCUUCGCCCCCAGACUCCGCUGUGACGGCCGUGCUGACAGAUCCGCUUCCGGUUCCAUGUUCAACAGAACCACUUAUGGACUCUUCACUGGCUGAUCAGAUUUUCCAAUGUGGAGGAAUCACAUGCUUCCAAAGCUUUUUCCGUUUGCAUCUGGAAAGGUGGAAGUGCCAUCAACUGAUUUGGGGAAGUCUGAGCCCUGUGACCUUUGAGGAUGUGGCUGUGUACUUUUCCCAAGAGGAAUGGAGGCUCCUUGGUGAGGCCCAGAAAUUCCUGUACCGCGAUGUCAUGCUGGAGACCUUUGCACUGGUUGUGUCUUUGGGGUGUUGUCAUACAGCAGAGGAUGAACAGACACCUUCUGAGCAGAAUGUUUCUGUAGAAGUGCCACAGAGAAAUACCAAAAAGAUAGACCUGUCCAGCCAGAAGGUCUGUCCCUGGGACAUGGGUAACCUGGCCUUAGAAGGUGGUUUGUGUGGACCCGAGGUCCUGCGAACAAACCCUGGCCAGACACUGUGUGGGACAGAUGUGAAAUCUCACCAGCAUGGUGGAGAGAAGCUCAUGAGAAGAGAUUUGGGUAAGGCCUUAAUGAAGAACUGCACAGUCCAUGCAUUGGAGAAGGCUUUUACGUGCCAAGAGGCGAGGAAGGAUUUCCCUGGUACCUCUGACCAUGUCCGGCACCAGGUUAAACCACAAAUGAUGGAGUUUGUAGCAGAGUUUCACAACGGAGAAAAGCGUUUCAAGUGCAAUGAAUGUGGGAAACUCUUCUACCGGAAGUCCAGGCUUGCUCAGCACCAUAGAGUCCACACCGGAGAGAAGCCUUAUGAAUGCAGCGAAUGUGGGAAAGUCUUUAGAUGCAGCUCCAGCCUUGCUAUACAUAGAAGAAUUCACACAGGGGAAAGGCCUUAUGAGUGUAGAGAAUGUGGAAAAUUCUUUAGGCAACACUCCCAGCUUGUUGUGCACCAGAGAAUUCACACUGGAGCCAGACCGUAUGAGUGCAGUGAAUGUGGGAAAACAUUUAGUACUAAAACCAAACUUGAUCAGCACCGGCGAGUCCACACUGGAGAGAGGCCUUAUGAAUGUGGAGAAUGUGGAAGAACCUACACCUGUAAACGCAUGCUUAUUCAGCACCAGCUGGUCCACACUGGAGAGUGGCCUCAUGAGUGCAGUGAAUGUGGGAAAGCAUUUAGAUACAUGGCCAGCCUUGUUAUGCAUAGAAGAAUUCACAGUGGGGAAAGGCCUUAUGAGUGUAAUGAAUGUGGGAAGUCCUUUAGGCAAAGAGCCCACCUUCAAGUCCACAAUAGAAUUCAUACUGGAGCAAAGACGUUUGAAUGCAGUGAAUGUGGAAAAUGUUUUAGCCAAAAUUCUAUUCUUACUACACACCAGAGAGUUCACACUGGAGAAAGGCCUUAUAAGUGUUGUGAUUGUGGGAAAUGUUUUAGCCAGAAAUCUACUCUCAUUAAGCACCUGAAUUUACACUGGAGAAAAGUCACCUGAGUGUACCAAAUGUGGAGAAUUUCUUUAGCUAUAGCACCUGAAUGAGGAAAAAAAAAAAAAAAAAAUGAAAAGUUCACACCACAGAAGGACCUCACAAGUGCAACAAAUAUGGAAAUAUUUUCUGUCACAGGUCAACUCUGAUUGAGCACUGGACCUUCACAGCCCAGAUAAACCCAAGAGUGCAGAGAAUGUAGGAAAGCUUUCAGCUGAAGGUAUAACCACAUUGGUCUCCAAAAAGUUCAUACUGGAGAAAGACCUUCAAACCAAAUGAAGAGAGAAGCCAAUGAGCUGUCUCCUUAAUUAAUACAUCUUACUGAACAGGCUCUAAGAGGGGAUCAUCAGCCGAAAGCUGAAUGCCAUCCAUGUGCACAGUCCUGGUGUGGAGAGGGCCUGUGGAUACUUGGUUCUCUGGAAGCUUUAAGGAGCUAAGAUCUACUUCCUAACCUGUGCAGCAGCCUUACCAGACUUCAUGUCACUGUGAGUUUCUUCCCUCUGCCAGAUGGCAGAUUCCCGUUCUGGUUGUCAGUCCCGCAGUGUGAUCAGGGUAGGUAGACCUUUGUGCUCUCCUGUCCCUUAGAGGGAAGCAUGUGUAGCCUGAGCACUUGGGUGACGUCGUGCUCUUAGAUCCUGUCAGCUGCCUAGGAUAUGGCCUAAGCAGCUUUGAUCUUGGGCAUCCAGUCUGGGUUCUACUGGCAGCUCAUAGAGGUUUACUUUGUUUGGUGGUAUAGGGUUGUGUCAUGUUCAAGAUGGAUUUUCUAGCUCCAAGUCACCCUUUGGGGAACUGCCUCAUUUUGCACUGCUUUGUGUAAAAAUAAAGACUAUUGUUUAAGACAA